AUGGAACAUCUGCAUGACUUUGAUCUGACCAAUGGUGAGCAGCAGUCAAAGAUUAAUGAACUCCAAGAGAAGCUUGCCAAGGCAUCAAAGGCGAGCUCCGAGGCCACAGACCUGCUGCAGAUAAUGAGAGUGGCCAAAGAGAGGAUGGAGCGAGACCUGGAGAGACUCCAGAACAAGGAAGCUUCCACUGACAGCCUGCGCCGACGCCUACGGGAGACAGAGGAUGGAAGGAAGACCCUGGAAAACCAGGUCAAAAGACUGGAAAUGGUUGAGACAAAGAUAAAGGAUGAAAUCCAGAGCAAGACCCAACAGAUUCAGCAGAUGGCAGAUAAGAUUCUGGAGCUGGAGGAGAAUCUUCGAGAGACUCAGGCCACGGCUCAGCGCUUCGAGACUCAUCUGAAGCAGAAGGAGAAGCUCUAUGAGGACAAGAUAAAGGUGCUGGAAGCUCAGAUGAAGGCAGACAUGGCAGAUAAGGAGAUGCUAGAGUCCAGUCAGAGCAAGUAUGAGGAGGAGGUGCGGGAAAAGUGCAGCAUCAUCAGUGAACAGAAGGUGGUAAGGGCUGACCAGCCAGGCAGUGACACUAUUUUAGGCUUAGCCAACAAGCUAGCAGCUAACAGCAGCAUCUACACGCAGAAGAACAUGAAAGCCCAAGAGGAGAUGAUCUCUGAGCUACGACAGCAAAAGUUCUACCUGGAGUCUCAGGCUGGAAAACUGGAGGCUCAAAAUGCCAAGCUGGAGGAGCAUCUGGAGAAAAUUAGUCAGCAGGAGCAAAGCAAUAAGAGCCGAGUGCUGGAGCAGGAAAUCAGGCUCAGAGAGAUGGGGCUGGAACAUGAGGAACAGAAGCUGGAGAUCAAGCGCCAGGUGACAGAACUGACCAUCACACUGCAGGAGCGUGAAUCCCAGGUCAGUAACCUGCAGGCAGCUCGUCACGCUUUAGAGAGUCGACUGCAGCAGGCCAAGACUGAGCUGGAGGAGACCACGACAGAAGCUGAGGAGGAGAUCACUGUGCUCAGAGCACACAGAGAUGAGAUACAGCGCAAGUUUGACACCUUGAGGGACAGCUGUGCAGUCAUUACAGAUCUGGAGGAACAGCUGACCAGACUGACAGAAGAGAACGCCGAGCUCAACCGUCAGAACUUCUACUUAUCCAAGCAGCUGGAUGAGGCCUCAGAUGAGAGAGAAGAUUGUCUUCAACUCAGCCAGGAUGUGGACCGACUGCGUCGAGAGGUGGCCGACAGAGAGAUGCACCUCAACAACCAGAAACAGAACCUUGAGACUCUAAAAACCACUUGCACCAUGCUGGAGGAGCAGGUCCUGGAGCUGGAGACCCUGAAUGAUGAGCUGAUGGAGAAAGAAAGACAGUGGGACACCUGGAGGACAACACUGGUGGGCGAGAAAAACCAGGCUGAGAGGAAGACCAGGGAGAUCCAGAGACUGUUGGACACAGAGAAACAAAAAAGAAUUCGUGCAGAGCAGCGCAGCUCUGAGUCUCGACAGGACGUGGACCAGGCAGUGAAGGAGCACAAAGCUGAGAUCCUGGCCCUGCAGCAAGCCCUCAAGGACCAGAAGCUGAGAGCUGAAACCCUCACAGACACUUUGAAUGAUCUGGAGAAGAAACAUGCUAUGUUGGAAAUGAAUGCUCACAGUUUGCAGCAGAAACUGGAGAGUGAGAGGGAUCUGAAGCAGAGACUACUGGAGGAGCAAGAGAAGCUGCAGCAGCAAAUGGAUGCCCAGAAGACCCACAUCUUCAGACUGACCCAGGGGCUGCAGGAUGCUCUGGACCAGACCGACCUGCUGAAAACUGAAAGGACCAACCUGGAAUAUCAGCUGGAAAAUAUCCAGGCUGUGUACUCCCAUAAGAAGGUGAAAAUGGAGGGGACCAUUGGCCAGCAGACCAAGCUCAUUGACUUCCUCCAGGCCCAGGCUCAUGAUGGCUCCAAAAAGAAGAAGGGCCUGUUUGGUCGCCGUUGUGAGGACCUAUUGGCUGCCAUGGCUGCUCAGGCCCAGGGUCAGGGUCAAGGCCAGGUGUCACCGGUGCCCCCCAUUCAGCCAGUUCCUCUGCAGUACAGCGACAUGAAGCUGGCUCUGGACAAAGAACGUGCUCACUGCUCUGAGCUGGAAGAUGCUCUGCAGAAAAUGAGAGCAGAGCUGAGAUCUCUGAGAGAAGAAGCACUCCAGUACAAAGACCAAGGUAACUCUUCAAACCCACCGUCAUCACGUCAGCAGAUGAUCAUGUCUGCCAUGGUGAAGUCUCCUGAACACCAGCAGGCUCCUCCAAACCUGGCCCCCGUUAACUCUGGACGCAGGAAGGAAACUGCAACACCUGAGGAGUACAACCGUUGUCUGAAGGAGAGUCAGAGAGACAGAGAGAGGGAGAGGGAGAGAGUCAUGCACCACAGCACCGCCCAUCGCUUUACUGUGGGUCUCAACAUGAGGGCAGCCAAGUGCACUGUCUGUCUGGAUACAGUGCACUUUGGUCGACAAGCUGCCACCUGCCUGGAGUGUCACGCGUUGUGUCACCCUAAAUGCUCCCCCUGCCUUCCGUCUACCUGUGGCAUGUCCAGUGACUGCUCACUGCAUCUGUCUGAGGGUCUGUGUCGAGACAAAGGACAGCAGCUGAAAGACUGCAGCGGACACAUGCAUGUGGAGGGAUGGAUGAAGCAGCCCAGGAAUGGGAAACGAGGCCAAGCCUGGGAGCGGAAGUUUGUGGCCCUAGAUGGAACUAAAAUAUCAGUCUAUGAGGUGGAGCCCAGAGAAGACUCAGUGAAGCCUCUGGAAAAGUUUGACCUUUGUCUGUCAGAUGGAGAGGUGAUGGUUCAUGGAGCUGUUGGAGCAUCUGAGCUGCCAAACACGGCCAAGUCAGAUGUUCCUUAUGUCAUCAAGCUGGAAACUCGGUGCCAUGCCCCCUGCUGGCCUGGACAAAGUAUUUACUUUAUGGCUCAGAGUUUCCCAGAAAAACAACGCUGGGUGUCAGUCAUAGAGUCUGUGGUUGCAAGUGGGCGAGCGUCGAGGGAGAAGGCUGAGGCUGAUGCAAAACUGUUGGGAAACUCUCUGCUGAAGCUGGAAGGAGACGACAGGCUGGACAUUAACUGCACUCUUCCUCUGACAGAUCAGAUCGUACUGGUGGGCUCUGAAGAAGGUCUGUAUGCCCUGAAUGUUAUCAAGAACUCCCUGACCCACGUCCCUGGUCUUGGGUCAGUCUUUCAGAUUCACAUCAUCAAAGAGCAGGAGAAACUUCUGAUGAUUGUUGGUGAUGAGAGAGCUCUGUGUCUGGUGGAGAUAAAGAGAGUCAAACAGUCUCUGGCUCAGUCUCACCUGCCCAGCCAGUCUGAACUGGCUCCAUACAUCUUUGAGACAGUGAAAGGCUGCCAUCUCUUCUCUGCUGGGAGAGUAGACAAUGGUUCCUGCAUAUGUGCAGCAAUGCCCAACAAAAUAACCAUCCUUCGCUACAAUGACAAUCUCAACAAAUACUGUAUUCGUAAGGAAAUUGAAACUCUGGAGCCGUGCAGCUGCAUCCACCUGACCAGCUACAGCAUCAUCAUUGGUAUCAACAAGUUCUACGAGAUUGAAAUGAAGCAGUUUGUGCUUGACGAGUUCCUGGAUAAGAAUGACAUGUCUCUGGCCUCGGCCGUCUUUGCAGCAGCAUCCCACAGUUUCCCCAUCGCCAUCAUGCAGGUGGCAAGCAGCCUGCAGAAGGAAGAGUAUCUGUUGUGUUUUCAUGAGUUUGGAGUGUUCGUGGACAUGUACGGACGAAGAAGCCGGACUGAGGAAAUCAAGUGGAGUCGUCUCCCUCUGUCUUUUGCUUACAGAGAGCCGUAUCUGUUUGUCACCUACUUCAACUCUCUGGAUGUGGUGGAGGUUCAGGGACACUCCACUCUGGGUCCCACCGUGCUGGCCCAAUUGGACAUCCCCAGCCCUCGCUACCUGGGCCCAGCCAUCUCCUCUGGGGCCAUUUAUUUGGCCUCAUCCUAUCAGAACAAAAUGAGGGUCAUCUGCUGUAACGGCAGUCUGAUCAGAGAGUCUUUAGAGCUGCAGAGGAGUGGAUCCAGCUGGGGCAGUCCCACCAAGCGAUGCCCACCAACCUACACCGAGCACAUCACCAAGCGUUUGACCUUGGGCCCUGGCAGCCAUGAUGGUCUUCAUCGGGAGCCCAGCACCCCCCACCGCUACCGUGAGGGAAGGACUGAAUUCAGACGAGACAAAUCUCCUGCCCGACCACUGGAGAGAGAGAAGUCACCCGGCCGGGUGUUGGACAGUCGUAGGGAGAGGUCCCCUGGGAGAUUUGGGGAGAGCACCCAUGCUGGCUCUGUCAGAACACAGUUGGCUCCUGUAAAUAAGGCGCACAGGCACAUACAUAUGCUUGCUUGUUAGUGAUUCAGUAUCAUGUGUCGUCUGACCUUUUUUCCUUGUGUUGUUCAGGUUUGGGACCAGUCAUCCGUGUGAACCCAUUUCUGCUCAUGACAAAUUUUCAUGACAACCUCGACCUUCACACACACAAACACAUGCCUCAGGCCAACUCUCAGCCUCAUUGCCUGUACAUAGUGCAGACUGGCUUCCUCUCUGAACGGCUUCAAAACUGGAGCAGGAAAUGUUUCCUUAGACAAUCCGCUGUUUUUGAGUCAUUGGCAAGGAAUGUGGAUUGAUUUACAGAUCAGGAGAAUCUACUUUAUAAUAUACAGUUGUCUUAGAUGUAAAUAUGGCUGUGUGGUUUUUAUAGAUAAAGGGCAUAGUUGGCUGGUGAAGCCAAGUCUAUUUUUUAUUAAAAAUUAGUUUCUAAUCUGAUGUUGCAGGGAGAGAAUGACAAUGUCAGUGGAUGAGAAACAAAUGAGGAUGAAGUCAUCAGGAAUCUGAGUUCACUUUGCACAUGAGAUUGGAUUUGAACAGGAGUUAAAAAUCUCCUUACCUGAUCAGUGUUUUUUCUUUGGAUCAGAUGUUUGAUCCUGUUCAUCUUUAAAUAUGUUCCUCCACAUGAUUGCUUCACUGACAGUCGUCGUCUGGCCUCACUUUGUACAAAGCAAUUAUUAAGCACUGUUUUUUGCUCCAAGUAUUCCUUGUGUUGUUUUUUUCUUCAAGGCAAAAAAGAAGAAAAUUUACUGCUCUGUCACCGAUGCGGGACAUUGCACUGUCCAGCCUCAGGGGGCGCUGACUCAGCUUGGUCUUAUUCUGCUGCUGCCGACUAUGGUACAGGUUAUGUCCUGUUUCUGUGCAGUGGUUUAAAAAUCUAUAUAGUUGUCGGGGUCGUCAUCGCAUUGCAUCGUUUCUUUGGAGCUGACCAAAUCCUUCAUUUGUCACAUCGGGAGAGCAUGAGUAAUCAGCAACUUUUCAAUCUUGACUUUCUCUUCUUUGUUCUUUUUUGGUCAAUUAUCCAAUUGAAUUUGCAUUCAAUUAGUAAAUUUUGAUGUUGGUCUUGAUUUUCAGUGUUAUAGCAUUGUCAUAGCAUUGGUCUAGCGACAUGCUCAAAAUAUUGUGACAAGUGCUGCACAACAAGACACUUACAAAACACUACUGUGUAUUUUUUGACACGAAUGAGUACCAUGUUACUGUUAUAGUUGGAAAUGCUGGAGUACAGUUCUGACUGGCCCUGAAGAGCAUUGAAGAAAUUUCUUCCUCUUGACGAUACUUGCUCCUGGAGCUGUAGGAACAAAUGGACAUAAAAAAGACCCACUCCCAUUUUUGUGCAACUUUGACUUGUAACUGUUGGUCCCUGGAUGCUUCAAUAUCAGCAGAAGUUGACUCGUAGUAGUUGGCCAGCAUAUCCUUUCUCAGCUGAGGUUUGGAAAGUCAUUGAUGUCUGGAACAUUUGGAGGACUGUGACUGAGCUGAUUGCAUACAGAACACUUACAGGUCCAUUGGGCUAAAGCAGGGUUACAUUCAAAAUGACAAAACAAAGGAAAAACACACCUAUGAUUGUGAGACUUCUCACCUCUGCUGUUCCUCAAUUAGAGUUUCACUCUUUGCCACAGCAGACAGCUAUGGAAGCCAAUUCCCACCACAAGGGAGAAAAAUAAUGGAUACUAAAGUUUCAUAAUAAUGGGAUACCAUUUCAUUAUUAGAAAAUAGUAUCUCAUUAUUUUGGCCUCCUGCAGACCAGAAAAUUACAAGAUAGUAUCCCAUAAUUGUGAGACACCAUGUCAUUAUUAUGACUUAAUCUGAUGAGAUUUCUCCUUGUCAAUAAUUAAUGCAGAUAAUAAGGGAUGUAUGUUUUUUGUAGAUACACUAUAUUACCAAAAGUAUUCGCUCACCCAUUCAAAUGAUCAGAAUCAGGUGUUCUAAUCCCUUGGCCUGGCCACAGGUGUAUAAAAUCAAGCAAGUCGCCGACUUUCUGCACAGUCAAU